AUGGCGGCCCGCGGUACCGCGCGGCGCGGGGCGGGCGGGGGGUCCGCCCGCGGUCCCGACCCGCAGGAGGAGCCACCGCCGCCGCUCCAGGCCGUGCUGGUCGCCGACAGCUUCAACCGCCGCUUUUUCCCAAUCUCCAAGGACCGGCCGCGGGCUCUUUUACCUAUGGCAAAUGUGGCCAUGAUUGACUAUACCUUGGAGUUCCUAACAGCAACUGGAGUGGAAGAAACCUUUGUUUUCUGCUGUUGGAAGUCAGCUGAGAUAAAAGAGCAUUUGCAAAAAUCCAAGUGGUGCCGGCACACAUCUCCCAACACGGUGCGCUUUGUCACCUCGGAUCUGUACCGCUCCCUUGGUGACGUGCUGCGAGACGUGGAUGCCAAGUCCCUUGUUCGUUCCGACUUCAUCCUUGUCACUGGUGAUGUGGUGUCCAACUUCAAUAUAUCCAAAGCCCUGGAAGAGCACAAGUUGCGUCGUAAGAUGGAAAAGAAUGUGUCUGUGAUGACGAUGAUAUUCAAAAAGUCCUCACCUGGCCACCAUGCCAGGUGCAAGGAGGAUGACAUUGUUAUUGCUAUGGACAGUGCCACAAGCCGUGUCCUUCACUACCAGAGAACGCAGGGGCUGAAACGAUUCCGCUUUCCUAUGAGUCUGUUCCAGAACUCGAUUGAGAAUGUCGAGGUGCGUCAUGACUUGCUGGACUGUCAUAUCAGCAUCUGCUCUCCACAGGUGGCUGAACUGUUCACAGACAAUUUUGACUACCAGACACGGGAUGACUUUGUGCGUGGUCUGUUGGUGAAUGAGGAGGUCCUGGGGAACCAGAUCCAUAUGCAUGUAACAACAGAAGAGUAUGGUGCUCAUAUAUGCAACCUGCUGAUGUAUGAAGCUGUGUGCUCUGACAUCAUCCGGCGCUGGGUUUAUCCUCUCACUCCAGAGAUGAACUUCACUGAUGACAAGAACCAGAGUUACACCCAUUCUAAACACAACAUUUACCGAGGGGUGGAUGUGAGCCUUGGCCACGGCAGUGUGCUGGAAGAGAAUGUGCUCAUCGGGCAGGGAACGGUCAUUGGCAGCAACUGCUUCAUCACCAACAGUGUUAUUGGGCAGAACUGUAGGAUAGGUGAUAAAGUCACGUUGGAUGGAGCUGUUCUGUGGGACCGAGUGCGUGUAGCAGAUAACACGGAGAUCCACCAUUCUGUUAUCUGCGAUGAGGCUGAAGUGAAGGAGAAAGUAAAGCUAAAGCCCCGCUGCGUCCUCUCUUCUCAGGUAGUAGUAGGUCCUGGCAUCACUCUCUCUGAGGGCACAGUGAUCUCUCUGCACCCCCCAGAUGAGGAGGAAGAGGAUGAUGACCAGUUCAGUGAUGAUUCUGGUGUGAACAAGGAGAGCAAAGUGAAACUGAAAGGUUACAAUAAAAAGGAUGUAGGCUCAGAAGGCAGAGGCUAUCUCUGGAAAGCAGAUGACAAGAAUGAAGAGGAUGAAGAAGAGCAGAGACAAAGCCUAUGGGGCCCAGCUAUGCACUCAGAGGAAGAGAGUGAAUCUGACAGUGACCUGAGCAUGGGCUCUGAGGAGCCAGACAGUCGGGCAGCUUCUCCUCAGCUGGAUGACAUCAAAGUUUUCCAGAAUGAGGUUCUGGGUACUUUACAAAGGGGUGACGAAGAAAACAUUUCCUGUGACAACCUGGUCCUGGAAAUCAACUCCCUCAAGUAUGCAUAUAACAUUGGCCUGAAGGAGAUGAUGCAGGUGCUCAGUAAAGUGAUCCUGGAGUUCCCACUGCAGCAGCUGGAUGCAAACCUGGACUCCCAGAACUAUUUCUCAGCAUUACUUCCUCUGCUGAAGAACUGGACCCCAUUGUUUAAGAACUACAUAAAACGAGCAUCAGAUCACUUGAAUGCCUUAUGUGCCAUUGAGGAAUUCUUCUUGGAACAUGACAGUCUCUGCACAUCGAUAGCUAAAGUGUUGAUGACAUUUUACCAGCUGGAAAUUCUGGAUGAAGAUGUAAUUCUCAAUUGGUUCUCUUUGCGGGACACGUCUGACAAAGGAAAGCAGCUUCGUAAAAACCAACGGCUCCAGAAGUUUAUCCAGUGGCUGGAGGAGGCAGAGGAGGAGUCGUCUGAUGGCGACCAAGACUGACAUGGUGGCUCAGCAUGACAAGAGGCUCUCACUGCCUUUCUGGGCCAAGUGGGCAGGGCAAGAUCAAUGCCAGUGCAUGGUGUGUAGAUGUGGGGCCUGACAUCAAAGUGACUGACAAUCCCAUCAUUAAUUCAGUUGUGUGUUCCCAAUUUUGCCGCUUCACUCCCUCCCUCCCUCAUUUGCACCUUAUGUUGCAACCCAGUAUAAAAACUAUAAGGGAAAAGCAGGAGGCGGUGGUACCUAAAAUCCCUCUGGAGCCUGGAUAUGAUGUACUAUAAGCUAUAUUUUGGGAGGUCCUUGUUACUAAUACAAAGGGAGAGAGUAGAUGCAAAUGCAUUCUAUGCCCCUGUAGAUCUAACCAUCAGGGUUGUGGAAGAAUGGUCAUACAACUGAGGUACUUGGAGUCAUUGUUGCUUCUGAAGCUAAGAGAACUCCUGCUGAAGAGACACUGGCAAGAUUGGUGAAUAAGAGCAUGUGGAUUAGGAUCUGGAGUGCAGGACCAGAAUUCAGGAGUUCUUGUGCCUGGAGAAGAUGCAGUUGUCUGAGGACGCCCGAGGCAUUUUGCAGCCUAGAAGGCACUUCUGUGAUCUUUCCAAAAGGGAAAAUCUCUUGCCAUCUGCCAUGCUAGGAUCUAACACAAAUUGCACAGUGGAGCUGGUAAAACCAUGUGUUUCCCGUGCUGUAGAACUGGGGGUGAUGUGUGCUCAGCUUCCCUGAGGGUUGGUUGAUGGUGGAUGGCUGUACAGAUCACCAUUUCCUGCAUGUGAUCAUUCUUUGUGCCCCCAGCUUAGCAGACAUGUUUCAGAGAAGUGUCUGUUUCUUUAUUUUUUUAUUAAAAGGGAGCAGAGGUGCCUGGCUUCUCCUGCUGCACCAGCUACACUUGUGUUUUGCCCUGGGGGCAUUGACUGCACCAGCUGCUUUGAGGAUAAUGCAAGUUCCUAAGUUCUGCUCCAGUGUGAAAACGAGCGAAUGGUAUUUCCUUCAGCAGCACAUGGUCUGUGUAUCCACAUUAUUUCAGUUACAUAACCUUGCUUACUUCAUGGCCAUUUAUUUGAAAAUUUCCCUCAGACAGCAGGGAAAGUGCUGCAAACCCACUGUGAGAUGCUGCAGGAGGCAGCAGGGAGUGAGUGUGCCUCUGGCUCAGACAAUGUGUAGGCAGCAGCAAGGCCUUUAAAAACAGCUUACUUGGAAGCCUCACUGUGCUGUUUUCUCCCCUGUGCUCAAAGAAUAGAGUGAAAAGGGUGCCACAGCCAUCAGCUUGUGUUCAUAGGUGGGUUAUUUGUUGGAUGUGCUGAUCUUGCCUCUGCCCCUUCAGGAGGAGAAUGGAAUAAAUCCUUUGUAGGGGGAAAUGCACUGGAGCUGCCCACUCAGGAUAUUUACUUGGCCGUUCCGUGGUGCCACAAUUGUCAGUGAGGGGACAGCAUUGGAUGCUGGAGACCAGGGAUACUGCCUCUAAAAAGCUGAUGUUCAGGCAGGGCCAUCUUGUGCACUCACACUAUCAGUUGCCAGGAUUGUGCAUAAAUGUCCUUGUUUUCUGACAUUGCAAACUCAGUCUUGUAAAUGUUGAGGAAAUAGUUGGUAUCUGAGUUUUCUGUAUCUGCCAAUAUUUAAUUCAGGGAGCAAAUAAAAACUAUCCUGGUGUUACCAGCUUGUUUGCUUUUUUUGACUUGGAAUUGUAUGUCUCCAGUUUUACAUGCUUGAGCAGGGCAUGUGUAAGUAAAAUGCUUUUUCCUCAGUUUUUAAGCACACAAUAGGUAGGAAAUCAGCACAACAUUGAAUUGGUAAAAGUGUUCAAUGGUAACUUGUGACCCUGUUUGCAACUAGAGAACAAUUCAUUACAACCUCUGAACUUG